GAUUUAUAUGGUGCACUUAAGACGGUGCAACUCUUUGGGGGCAGUGGAGAUUAAUAGCCUAUGCGACGUCAAGAUGACGUGAAUUUGGAUCUGGACAUGCGACUCACGACAGUUCAAUUUUCUUAAUGCCUCCUUCACAAUCCAGGCUCUGGCCUCGGCAGCAGUCGUCUUUUGACUCCCUCAAGUCCCAAUGGCAAAGCCCUACUAGUGGUGUCCUCUCCGUUCUCAGUAUCAUCGGCGGCGACGUCGUGCAGCGUGCCAUUGCGCAGCUCGCAGGCACCGGCUCAUCUUACUUUACCCCCGUUGCCUUCUCAUUUGGUUGGGUUGCCUACUCUUUCAGCGCCCUUCUCUCUGCUAUCGGGGAGGGUCGCCUCAUGCCUCCAUCCGACUGUCCGUCUAUCGUUGUAAACGCAAAAGACGGACACGUUCGCAACAACAUGUCUUGGCCUCUUGGUCGACUCCUGCGCGACCACUGGUCCCCUCAUUAUCAGAGUCCCAAGGGUCUCACUGUUUCGAUAUACUUCGCUUCCAAGUCCAAGCCAGUCGGCAUUCCUGUAAAAGACUGGCUAUACUAUAGCGGUAUAGCCACUAUCCUUGUGCAACUCGUUAUUUCUGUCCUUCCUGUAAUCCUUAGUCGCGACUGGUUGGUUUUGAUAAUCACUGCCAGCGGCACUUCACUGGCCCUCAUUGGCGGCGCUCUGCCUCAGUGGCGCGCAGAGAAAUGGGCAGCACGGGAGGUGGACAAGCGCGAGAUCAUCUGCCUCACGCGUGGGAGUCAUAGCAAUAGUGUCAUCGUCGUUGUUAGCGAAGGGACGGGUAUUAGGUUGGAGGACCUCGCUGCCGCGCGGCCAGAACGAUUCCAUUCAACCACUGUCAUGACCUUUUUCCUUGCCGUCCUUUGGACUGCCCACCUCCUCACUGUGCAGACCUUGAUCAAUGAUGCGUGGUACUUACUCGCAAUUGGUGGUCUCGGCAUGAUUCAGAAUCUGAUUGCUGCUGGCGCUCCGCGCAGCGCAGCCGCACUUGGAUUUCACCUCGAACGCCUACGCGAGGUGCACCAUGACAAAGUCUUCAAUGCUCUAGCAGAGGCAGAAGCGCUUGAACGCGGAGUUGCGCUGUCACUCAUUCCGGUAUUUUUUCCGGGUGGUUUAAGGGCUGAUGAAACGGCGUGGGUGGAUGCGAAGCGGGCGGAGUACGCACGACAUCAAUGAGAUGCAUCAGGCCACCCAACAAUCGGACUAUAUGAUGAAGUAAAACACUGCAGUACUGCUUCUCACCAUCGUUUCAUCUGUCGGUUGAACUUAUUAUGCAUAUUCAGCGUCUUUGUUUUCAAGAGAUCUGCCAUGGCGCUCGCGGAUGAAGCUUGUUGCCGAUUUGACUAUUAUGUACAUGAUGUGCAACAGAGAUACAGGCACUUCAUCGUUUGACCAAACGACCCGACAGUAAACUUGCUCUAAUACAUAUCCGAAGCUGGGUAAAAGAAUAUGAGAGCUCACGAAGCUAGAAAACAACAGGGAAUUUGACCGAGCGAGAUUAGUUGAGGACGUGGUAAAAUGUGAAUAUCUGGCACGGCCCACUACACUAGCAAACACCCAGCGGAAAUUACACCAGCUUUGACAAGUCU